CUGAGCUGCUCUUUGUUUGUUUGUUGUUUUGCUGCGCACUGCUGUUACAGCUUUCUGUUUCAGCUGAUCAAAGCUGGAGCAGAACGUCAGAAUAAAAGCACGACACAGAAAGAAUCUGAGUUGGACCGAAGAGACGUGGUUCUGGUUAAAAUUCCUGGUCCAGUCACCAUUUGUUUCCUUAAGUCCCUGAAAAACCCAGAAGAUACCUCGGUCCAGACAGGCAGAACCAUGGAUCCAAGCUCCAGAGAAAUGGGAACGUGUCCUACAGCAGAUGAAGGAUAAAGCAUAAGGUUCUGUGUUCUGGUCUGUUUCAUAAAGACAGAACCUCUACCUGCUGGAGCGAUGGCAGGAACAUCAAGACACGACCGGGAGAUGGCCCUGAAGGCCAAGCAGCAGCUGUCGGACUGUUCGGAUCCUGUGGAGAGACUCCGGCUGCAGUGUCUGACCCGGGGCUCGUCAGGGAUUAAAGGUUUGGGCAGAACCUUUAAAAUCAUGGACGACAACGAGAACCGCUCCCUGGACUUCAAGGAGUUCCUGAAGGGUUUAAACGACUACGGGCUGCUGAUCGAGAAGGACGAAGCCACAGCCCUGUUUCAGCACUUUGACCGAGACGGGAAUGGAACCAUUGACUUUGACGAGUUCCUCAUCACUCUGAGGCCUCCAAUGUCCAAGGCCAGGAAGGAGGUGGUGAUGCAGGCGUUCCGGAAGCUGGAUCGAUCCGGAGAUGGCGUGGUCACCAUCGAGGACCUAAGGGGGGUUUACAAUGCCAAGUACCACCCUAAGUAUCAGAACGGGGAGUGGACAGAGGAGCAGGUGUUCAGAACGUUUCUGGACAGCUUUGAUUCUCCGUACGACAAAGAUGGAAAGGUAACCCUGGAGGAGUUUCUGAAUUAUUACGCUGGUGUGAGCGCCUCCAUCGACACUGACGUCUACUUUAUAGUGAUGAUGAACAAUGCCUGGAAGCUCAGCUCCUCUGAAGCCAGAGACCAGCUCCGAUGAAUCAGAGCAUCCAUCUCCACCUCCUGGGUUGGAUGUCCUCCUGGUGCUCCCAUGGUUUCAGUGAUGAGUUUACAGAAGAUGAAGCAUUCAAAGUUCAGAUAAAACACACAAAACUUCUCAGGGCUGUUCUGAGUCUGAGUCCGAGUCCUUCCUGGUUCUAUCAUUCAUAAACAAUCAGGUCCAAAAUUAUUCAGAUCCCUGGCAGAUUCACGUUUCAAGUCAUUCUUUAAUGUGACCAACAUGUUUCUUCUGAAUGAUCUGGAGUGGUCCAAUCAGAGUCCUGACUGGAAUCUGAUAGAGAAUCUGUUGAGGGAGCUGAAGAUUAGGGUGAUGGUAAGGAGGCCUUCCAAUCUCAAAGGCUUAGAGCUCAUCACCAAACAUAAAUCAUCUAAAUACCAGAGGAGACCUGCAGCUCAGCGGUUGGAAGAAGGGUCAGAUUGGCUGUGAUGGUAAAGAAUAUUUUAUCUCUGAUUAUUGAGAAGGACACAGAUCAUUUUCAGCACAUCAGUUUUAAUAUAAUGUAAAUAAAAACAGAUAAAUUAUGAUGCUCGUUUACAGUGUUGUGUUCUCUUCAGAACCAGGAAUUAUUUCAUUGGUUGAAUGAUCUGCCAGGGGUAUGAAUACUUUGGGGCUUAGUUUGUGUUUAGAUGUUUUUGGAAGGUUUAGGGUGUAACACUUAAAUAGAAAAUGAAUUGGCUGAAUAUGCAGCCAAUUUAGAUUUUAAAUGUUUGAUAGACUUUGUGUUCCAGGAAGUGAUCAAAUCUCAAGGAAAAUCAGUAUGAUGAUUUUAAAACUCCUCGGUAGGUCUAUGAAACACUCACUUUGCUGUAUAUCUGCCUGGCAGUUCUUAUUUAAAUCAUUUAGAUAUUAAAUAUAAUUGUAGGUGUGCUGAUGAGUAAACCUGCAUACCUCGGCAGAGAUCUGAAUGUCUGGUGUUAGAGAUGUCAGAAAGCUUCUCAUCUUCUCUCUCAUAUAUUUGGAUCCAAGUGAGGCUUUGCAAUCAUUCACAUUUCCAACAUUAAGAAAUUCCCUUCUAUGAGAAAAACGACGUUUUGAGAACUGCGACCAAAUCUGUGACCCGAAACAAGUCAUAAACCAUCAAACAAAUGAAAUGAAUUAUUGAGAUGAUUGUUUCUCCGUUCAACUUCGGUUUCCUCGUCGGGUCAAAGUCAGAAUAUUUGAUUCACUCUCAGGUUCUUGUUUUGUUUAUUGUUUUUAGUUUUCUACCAUUAAACACUAAUAGCUGUCCUCCUGUCCUCCACUCAUGUCCUCCUGUCCUCCACUCAUGUCCUCCUGUCCUCCACUCAUUUCCUCCUGUCCUCCACUCAUUUCCUCCUGUCCUCCACUCAUUUCCUCCUGUCCUCCACUC